CACCUGCUGAAGAUCUGCUAUGUGAGUGGGGUGAGCCAGAGGGAUGGAUAUCAUUGGCUGUCUCUUCUCACUGACUGCUCUUACCAGGCUUUAGGGUUCACAUUGAGUCUAACCUUUGUCCAGAUUUCAGCUCAUCAGGGCAGAUUAAAAAAUUGCACCAGUCAGCAUCCACAUUUGUUUCGUCGUAAGUUAAUUUGUUAUUGGGUAAUGUCAUUAACUUGGAUGAGGAAGGGUGGAGGUUUAAUUAAUGCAGUAUCUCCAAUGUGAAGGUUGCACAUUUUGGAGCUACAUAUCGGACACUUCCCUAAUCUUUCUGAACUUUGAUCCGGGAUCCUCCACAGGACAACAAACUCGCUCUAUCUCAGGCUUGGCCUGAUCCCUUCAUCUUUCAGUCCCCUUCAGCUUCUCAGCAGACGUGCGUCUGAACAUGGACCUGAGUACCAUUCUCUUGUUCCCAGUACAUGUAGUAGUGAGGCUCUACUCACUCUUGAGCUUUCUACCAUGGUUCUUCCUGACUGGAGCUCAGAAAAAGAAAGCCCUAGCAAAGAGAGUCAAAUCCAGGUCAACCACCGGUCAGGCUGAAGGGCCGUAUCGUUCCGUGGAUCGCUUCGACUCCCUGGUCACAGAGGACUUCCCUGGAAAAGACACCCUUGAUAAGCUGUUUGACUAUGCGGUGGAGCGUUUCGGUAAAGCGGACUGCCUGGGAACCAGAGAAGUUUUGAGCGAAGAAAAUGAGACUCAGCCGAAUGGAAAGGUCUUCAAGAAGUUAAUUCUGGGCAAUUAUAAGUGGUUAUCCUAUGAGGAGAUGGACACUCAGGUCAGUCAGUUUGGGAGCGGACUGGCAGCACUAGGCCAACAGCCAAAAAGCACCAUCGCGAUUUUCUGUGAGACACGGGCAGAGUGGAUGAUCACAGCUCAGGCCUGCUUCAGACGCAAUUUCCCAUUGGUCACCUUUUAUGCAACCCUAGGAGAAGAGGCAGUGGUUUUUGGAUUGAAUGAGUGUGGAGCUACACAGCUGGUCACCAGUGUGGAAUUGCUGGAAACCAAACUGAAGAAUGUUCUUCCACAAAUCCCCAGACUGAGGCAGAUCAUCUAUGUGGACAGGAAGAGCAUCAGCACAGUGGGAUAUCCACAGGGCGUCCAGAUCCACAGCAUGCACUCUGUGCAAGAGCUGGGAGCCAAGCCAGAAAACUUGAGCAGACCCAUAGUGAAGCCCGUCCCAUCAGACCUUGCUGUUAUUAUGUAUACCAGCGGCUCCACCGGUAGACCUAAAGGGGUGACGAUCAUUCACAGUAACCUGAUCGGGGGCAUGGCAGGCCAGUGCGAGAGGAUACCUGGUUUGGGACCAAAGGAUACCUAUAUUGCCUAUCUUCCUCUUGCUCACGUGCUGGAAAUGACAGCUGAGAUCUCGUGUGUGACGUACGGCUGCAGGAUCGGCUAUUCCACACCACAAACACUGUCUGAUCAGUCAACCAAAAUUAAGAAGGGAAGUAAAGGUGACUGCACCGUGCUGAAACCUUCUCUAAUGGCCGCCGUACCUGAAAUAAUGGACCGGAUCAAUAAGAACGUCAUGAGUAAAGUGCAGGAGAUGAACUGCGUGCAGAGAACCCUAUUCAAACUGGCCUACGACUACAAGCUCGAGCAGAUCAAGAAGGGUUAUGAUGCGCCCCUGUGCAAUAUUUUAUUUAAGAAAGUCAGAGCUCUGCUGGGUGGAAAUGUGCGGAUGAUGCUGUCCGGAGGAGCCCCUCUGUCUCCCGCCACUCAGCGCUUCAUGAACAUCUGCUUCUGCUGUCCUGUUGGUCAGGGUUACGGUCUUACUGAGACCUGUGGAGCAGGAACUAUAACUGAGGUUGCUGACUAUAGCACAGGACGAGUUGGAGCUCCUCUGAUCUGCUGUGAGGUCAAACUCAAAGACUGGGCAGAAGGUGGUUAUACGAAGCAUGACAAGCCUCAUCCACGUGGUGAGAUCCUCAUCGGGGGUCCUAAUGUGACCAUGGGCUACUUCCGGAGUGAAGGCUGUAAUAAUGACUUCAUUGUGGAUGAGAACGGCCAGCGGUGGUUCUGCACUGGUGAUAUAGGAGAGAUGCACCCUGACGGCUGUCUUCAGAUUGUCGAUCGCAAGAAGGACCUUGUGAAACUUCAAGCAGGGGAGUACGUCUCUUUAGGCAAAGUUGAGUCUGCUCUGAAGAGCUGCUCUCUCAUUGACAACAUCUGCGCUUAUGCAAACAGUGACCAGAAUUACGUUAUCAGCUUCAUUGUUCCUAAUCAGAAGACGCUGACAGCUCUUGCUAAUCAGAAGGGCAUUGAGGGCACGUGGGAAGAGAUUUGCAACCACCCAGUUAUGGAAAGGGAAGUUCUGAGAGCAAUUAAAGAAGUUGCAACUUCAAUUAAACUCCAGCGCUUUGAGAUCCCAGUUAUGGUCCAUCUGAGCCCGGAGCCCUGGACCCCUGAAACAGGCCUGGUGACGGACGCAUUCAAACUCAAGAGGAUAGAACUGAAGAACCACUAUCUCAAUGACAUUGAAAGAAUGUACGGACGCAAGUAGGACCACCAUUACAGCCAAAGACGAAAUCAUCAUCAGCUCCUUGCCGUACAACAUUACUCAAUCAUCAAUCAAUGUUAAACACCUUUUGCCACAACGGUCACCACAGCCCAUUGCUUAGUGAUGUGCACAAAUUUUCAAAGACGAACAAUGUUGACAAGCCGUUGGUCUGUGUAUUUUUAGUCCUGAGCUUUGUGGGCUUUUCAUUCAGAGCUCUGUAGUCUCUCUGCUGUGAAAUAGUGUACAAUUAGUCAUAGUUGAUUAGCUUGAGACCUAUUGGGUAAAGCUGAUGUUUACCUCAUCCAGCAUAAAGCAUCCACUAAUUUAAUCCUUUCAGCAUACAAAAGGAGUGUCUUGCGAAAAGGAUUUCAUCCAUACAAUAGCGAUAUACUGCCAUCAACUUGCGCUUUCUUUUUCAAACGUGUGUUUGUAAAAAUGUUCAAAAUGUAGCUGAGGUUAAGUCUUUGCACUGUGGGACACAAGUAAUAUAUAGUGAUGUUUCUGUGCCUUCUGAUUGGUCACUAUUUUAAACAGUGAUUCCCUAUUGGCUGCAAGUUAGAAUUUAAUUCCUGUGCUUCAUUUAUGAAGUGCAUGUGGAGUUAGUCUAAAUAAUGGUUACAAAGCAUGUUUUUUUACAUAUAUAUAUACUUGAAAUGUCUUUUUGUUUUGGUUCUGAAAAUGUAUGUAAUGUUUUGUUUGUUAGACUGAAAUUAAAUGAAGGGAACACUUUUUAGGAAUAGUUUUUCCCUAUCAAGUCAGAGGUAAGGUUUGUAUUAUAUCGGUUUCAUCUUUCACGUCAGAUGUUUUUCAGACCAUUCAUUUUACUGUAACAGUGUCCGAUUGUCACAAGCUCUCUCAUCUGUCACAAAUGCCACUUCAGCAGGUGUUUAAUAUAUUUGAUAAUAUUUCAUUAAAACCAGUUCUCAAUACUUAACAUAUAAAGCUGAAAAGGAACAAGAAGAAAGUGUUUAGAACUUCAAAACCAGGAUAUGAAUUUUGAGGUCAAGGAACCUUGCCAGUCAUUUUUAUAUUGUAUUCUGUGUUUAAAUUUAUUUGGUCAAACCUAGAUGUUUCAUUUGAAUCCUUGUUUAUUUUAUUUUUUUGAAGAAGUGUGAUCUGUAUAGGCAUUAUUUGUUACCAACUGUCUUUCUAGAAAGUGCUUUAUUUAUUAUUUUGUCAGUUGCACUAUUCUUUUUUUUGACAUGGGUUUUGGUUUUUAACCAUUGUUAAAUGAAUAGCCAUUAAGCCAACAAAUUCAGCAGUCCCCCCACACCACCCAAGGUUCACGUCACCACAAGCAAGACUAUACAGCAGUCAAAUGUUUGCAUUGAUGAAUUGUGAAUUCACUUGUAGAAUGUUCUAUGAUGACUAAUUUAUUGUGGUACACUGUAUGUGAUAUUUGCUGAGGACAAGUAAAAUCACUUUCUACUC